CUCUCAGAUAAGAGUGCCGACUCUCACUGUAACAUUCACCAUCUACGCAGAAUCGAAGCUUUAAUCUUAAUAAGUUACUUGUAUUUCAGUUUCAUCUCUAAUUAAUCGUACCCUUGCUUUUUGCGAGUGUGAAUAUGAGUCUGAGUGUUGGAUUGAGAAGAACGGCCGCGGUGAGUCUCCUUGCUCAUGGCGCGCACACAGCGCGCGUGCCCGUGUCAGCGCUGAAGAACAGAGCCGAGGACGAGCUGGACGGGUACGCGGAUGAUAUGGAAACCGGAUUAAAAGCGCUGAGGCCCGGGGCGAACAGCUUGAAAGGAUUGCAACUGGACGGGCGGUUCGUGUCUGCAACGGACGGGUCUCUCCCGGUCACUCCGGACCCACAGGAGUUCGGUUUUGCCCAACUAGACCGGGAUACUCGAGAGCUUCUGUUGGAUUUCUAUCGCACUCACACUGGAAUGUGUCCACUGGGACGGAAUACUCACCCCGCACUACCGACUCUCAGACGCGUCGUGGGUGAUAUUCUCACAAAGCACCGGAUCACUUACAAAGGAAUGAUGCAGAAGCUGCUGGUGGAAUCCCAGCCGGAUGACAUGAACUUCAUCUCCUCUCUAGCUCAGAAGAUUUUCAGUGACGGCAGCACAAACUGGGGCCGCAUCAGCAGUCUGGUGGCGUUUGGAGCCGAGGUGUGUACACAACUGAAAGCGGCGAAGAGGGAGCACUGCAUAGACCGAGUGGCAGAACAGAUCUCCUUAUAUCUGAUGUCUGAACAACACAACUGGCUCCAAAAGAACAAAGGCUGGUAUGGAUUUGUGGAGUUUUUCCGUGUUGAGGAUGUGGAGUCUGUCAUUCGGAACGCGUUGAUGGCAGUUGCUGGAUUUGCUGGGAUCGGUGCUGGUCUCGCUUUUCUAAUUCGGUGAAACUAAAUGGACUGGUUGAACUGAUGCUUCCUUACACCCGCCAGCAGGCCCUGACUGGCGCAGUAGCAUGUGGGACGUUCGAGUAAAAUCCAGAUCCUUUGAGCCCAACGUGUGCUUAACAUCCAGCAACGGGCCCACCGGCGAUCUGAUCACGCCACAACAGAUUGGGCUCUCCAUUAACUUGUAAUAUCAGGAUGAAUUAUUUUUUGAAUAAAAUAAGUUCUAAAAUCAA